AUGACGGACGCCGACUCCCUCUCAAUCUACGACGAAAUUGAAAUCGAAGACAUGACCUACGACGCCACAUUACAGAUCUACCACUACCCAUGUCCCUGCGGCGACCGGUUCGAGAUCGGCGUUGCCGACCUGCGUGAUGGAGAGGAGAUCGCUGUGUGUCCCAGUUGCAGUUUGAUGGUUAGGGUUAUUUAUGAUUUGGAUGAUCUGCCUAAAGAAAGCGAUGCGAGCGCUGGUGCUAUCGCGAUUACUGCGUAA